AUCGUUCCUAGAGAUCGACAACUCGGCACGCCGCACGCCUCCGGCAGCACCACUUCCCCCACGCGACCUGAAGAACUGCAGACUGCAAGCCUGAUUGCUUGAACCACUCGGCACGUCAAUUCGCAUCCUCGCCCUCGCCCUCCCCCUCGUCCUACACAAAAUUGCUUCUUCCAUUCUGCCGACGACGACGUCCAACGAGCCGCCCGAGCCCAUGCGAAUGGCGCCGACAUCUUUGCUUCAACAAAGACAGUCAAGGGCUUGGGAAUGGCAGAGAGCCAACACAGCGACGAUCGAGGGGCCGACGAGAAUCAUGGAGCUUCUGGAAACCAGGCCGCCGUGCCUUCUGAGCCGGUCGAGGCCUUCCCGCCCAUGCCUACAUUCAUUCUCGAGGGCAGCACCACCUAUGACCACGAUGGUGGUCCGCUAAGUCAAGACACCAAGACCGACAUAAAGGUCUCGCACAUUCCCCUCCCUCCGCUGCCCAGCGCCUCCGCGAGCGCGCCCCCUACUUCCACUCUCCCUACCAUACCCGGCGGCCACUCCGAUGAGGACCAAUCCUCCGAUGUCUCUUCGACCCAUAGCAAGCCUGAAAAGCAGGACUCGUCCAACUCGUCGUCCAUAUCCGAGCCUGCGACCGCCGCCGAGAAGCACGAGGCCGAGAGCAACGAGGGCGUGGCCCCCAAGACCAGGGUUAGGGCCGGGUCGAGCUCCGCAUCCAUGAGGAAGAACCAGAGUCAUGAUAACGUUAGGAGGCUGUCGGUCGCGGGAAUGCAGCAGCUCACGGCUCCCGAGGCUCUCCCUGUCGCCAUUGUUCCCGACCAAGCCUCUUCUGCCGAGCGGGAUCAACGAGCGCGCUCGGCCAUCGCAGACCAGCUGCAAGCCAUCUGCCAGUCGAUACUCAGUCAGCCGGCUGCUCUGCGACCCAACGGCUCCGUGACGGAUGGUGCAAACAGCUCCCGGCAAGACGAGCCUCGGAGACCCGUCUCCGCCAGAACCCUCUCGACGCCUCCGACAACACGGCGCCAGUCGCAGUCGCAGGCCGCCUCGCCCCGCCGCAAUUCCUUCUACACCGUUGCUCGGCCACCGCCGCUGAAUCUCGACGCGACCAGCCAUUUUAACGCCGUCAACCUGCAACCACCGACCCAGAACAAACCGCCCCAGAUCCACGUGCCACCACCAUCGACAAAGUCGCUCAGAAAUGAUCCUAUCCCGCCCUCACCUCUCCCUCCCUCGAUACCCCUCCCGCCCAUGUCUAUACCGACCCAUCUCCAGUUGGAACUUGCCGCCCAACGUCCGAGCCCUUUGUACAUCCACCACUCGCAUACGAACGAUAUUCCAUACGAGUCUUACGUGGUGAAAUGGGAAAGGCUGAAGAAUGUUUUGCUUCUCCCGUCGUUUCUCGAGAGGACUCUCUAUUUUGGAGCCCUUGCUUGUCUCGAUGCCUGGCUGUACAACUUCACCAUUCUGCCCAUGAGAUUCUGCAUUGCCCUUGGCGUCCUUUUCAAGUGGUGGGGUUACAUGGCCUUGAAGGAGGCGCGGUGGAUGAUUGGCUUUGUCUGGUACGGAAUGGGUAGAGUUUGGGCCAGAGCUCGUCGACCGAGAGCGAAGGCUGUCUCGUCGGCCCGGCAAGAAGACGCCCAUCAUCAUGCCAGCCGCGACAGCAGUCGAAGUCGACCGGCCGAGCGGAGACCAUCCAUCCCCGCCCUGGAUCUCCGAUCGCCUGAUGGUGCCCCGACGCUUCAUUCGGAUUCGGAUUCCAAGGCAAACAGCCAUAGGGCCACCGAACACGAGAUCAAGGGUAACAGCAACGGACAUAUAACCCACAAGCUGAAUGCGUCUGCUGGCCAUCACCCCUCACAUGGUCCAGGUCAUAGGACGCACCGGCACCGUAGGACGAAAUCGAUACCAUCGAAUCUGUCUUCCUUCCACAAGGCGGACCUGUUACAGGGUGCUGUCAUCAUCUGUAGCUCCAUGUUCUUGAUGAAGCUUGACGCCAGUCGGAUGUACCACUUUAUCCGGGCUCAGGACGGCAUCAAGCUCUAUGUAAUAUACAACGUCCUUGAGGUUGGCGAUCGUCUUUUGUCGGCUCUCGGGCAAGACAUCUUCGAGUGCCUCUUCAGCUCCGAGACACUGUCUAGGAACAGCUCCGGCCGUUCCAAAGUGCUCCUGCCCUUAGGCAUGUUUGUCCUCGCCCUCAUCUACAAUGUAACCCAUUCGGUUGCGUUGUAUUACCAGGUCAUCACGCUCAACGUGGCUGUCAACUCGUACUCGAAUGCCCUUUUGACUCUGAUGAUCUCAAACCAAUUUGUUGAGAUCAAGAGCACCGUCUUCAAGCGCUUUGAAAAGGAUAACCUGUUCCAGCUGACGUGUGCGGACAUUGUCGAGCGCUUCCAGCUGUGGAUUAUGUUGUUCAUCAUCGGUAUGCGCAACAUCGUGGAAGUCGGUGGCCUCUCCGUCCCCGGGGCCGGAUCGGAGAACGGUGACCUGGGAGGCUCGGGUGCCAUGCCGCUUCACAGUCCAUCCAUACUACCAUUCAGCUUCACGAUCCUCCCAUCCUGGGUUUGGUCCGGCGAGGUCCUCUCCCCGUUUCUCAUUGUCAUUGGCAGCGAGAUGUUGGUCGACACCAUCAAGCACGCCUACGUGAACAAGUUCAACAACAUUAAGCCGACAUUCUACAGCCGCAUUCUGGACAUCUUGUGUAAGGACUACUACACCAACGCCUUUGUGUCGCCUUCGCUGACCCGACGACUUGGCCUGGCUGUCAUCCCGUUGUCGUGCUUGUUUAUCCGAGCUUCGGUCCAAACUUACCACAUGUUCUUGUCAACGCGAAUUCCUACACCUAUCCCGGAGUCCACUCAAACAUCCUUGUCCGUCGAGUCCGCAACCCCGUCAUCUCCGGUGAUGGUCGCAGCUCUCGACCGUCUCGACACGCUGCUACGGGACGCCCUGGGACGGGCUGUUUACGGCUACCCAUACGGAGAACCCAGUAUGCAGAGCAGGGCCUGGUGGACGUGGACCAGCGACGAUGUCAUCGCGGCAGUGACGAUGAUUGUUGUGUUCUUCAUCGCCUUCCUGGUCCUGCUCAUCAUCAAAUUACUUCUUGGCAUGGUCCUGCUGCGGUAUGCACGAAACAGGUACGCUCAGAUGAAGCGCAAGGAGCACCUAGUGGCGACAGGUCAAGAGGAGAGGCAGGUAUACGAUGCCAAGGGCAAGAGGGUCGGCGGCUACAGCCAGGUCGAGAUCACCGAGGACCGGCGGAGGUGGAUACACGCCGACGAGAAGGAAGGGCUCAAGGGCGGCAAAGGACGGUUUCCGAAGCCGGACAAACCACCAGAAGGGGAAUACAUGGGAGUUCAGCGGUACGAAAUGGUAACCAAGAACAUUUGGUGAUGGCGUCCUAGGGUUUAGCAUCACUUACGUAGCAUUGCAUAGCCAGGCAUCUCAGGCGGGCCUACAACGCAUUUUGUUU